AUACUCAGUGAUGUGCACGUCAUACGGUGACUUAUUCGAAAAUUUGACGUUACGUCGUACGUUACGUCAAUUUUCCUUGUUUUUGAAGUUUACGGUGACUUCUACGUAAGUGAAAAAAACACUGACUUUUUACGUAUACUUUUGACGUGUAAAAAAGUCCAGUUAUGAAUUAUUACCGUAAAAGUCAAGAAACAAUUUUAAAAAUUUUGCAACAUUUGCUUUGCGAAAAUUCGUCUGCCAUUUGAAAAUUUAUGACAGUCGAUUAGAAAUAUCUGCCAACGCGACAUGGAUACUACUACUGCUGAGGAGGAAAUAGCUUCGUAUAACAGAGGUAUUUUUAAAUGGUUCUCGUUUACACCAGAAAUGGUGCAAAAAUUUUCUAUCGAUCCGAAAAAUAGUUGUAUAGUUCGCAAAGAAUUAAAAAUGAAACUUGCACUGGAGAAUGUAUCAGGGGUGUGUAAAACGUGUGGGUGGAAAUCAAAAGUUGCCUUUGGCAAUCCCUCGAAUUGGGUGCGUCAUCUCUUGAAACAUCCCGAUGUUCAUACGAAAUAUAAGCAAUCAGUAGCCAACAAAAGGAAACGAGACCGAUCCCCUACGUCUACUUUUUUCCCUGAUAGACAAGCUAAGAAAUCUAAACAAGAAGGUAUUGUGAGUGCCUUUCAGCCACCUAAUAUUGCCAAGAAGAAAGAAUUAAGUACAGAGAAAAAUAAACUUCCUCACGAUAUUCAAGAAAAUAUCAAUCUAAAAAUCUUACAUUACAUUGUUGCUGAAGCCCGACCUCUUAUCACCGUUGAGAGUGUUCAUUUUAUCAAUCUUCUUAAAGAGAUUGACCCCAGAGUAGAAGUGUUUUGCGUUAGAACUUUGAAAAGAUUAAUCGCAAAAAUUUUUUUCGAAUUUAAAGAAAAUUUGAAAAAAGAGUUUGGUGUUGCCAGUUCCGUGUGCUUAACAGCCGACUUUUGGGGCUCAAACAACAGAAGUUUUCUGGGAGUCACAGCCCACUGGCUAGUUUCCGACGAACAUGGAGCUAUGAUACGCAAGUCAGCUGCUAUUUUUUGUAGAAGAUUCUCAGGAACUCACAAUUUUGAGAACAUAGCAAAAAACCUGGAUGAUAUUAUCGAGGAAUUUGCCUUGCAUGGCAAAGUAUCUCAUAUAGUUGUAAACAAACAUACACUUUAUGGCCUUGCGACCUUGGGGUAGAGGAGCCAGUAUCCAGGUUAUCUUGGUAGUUAAGGCUUGCAUUUCUUCAUCCAUCUUUUCACGCCACAGUUGUGCAUCUUCACAGGAGAUGGCAUCUUGGUAAUCGGUAGGCUCGUAUGGAUUGUCGACCUCUUCAGAUAAGGACACCAUGCUCUGAAUAAUUCUUAGAAUUCGAAUUCGAGUUGACCUACGUACCGUAGGUGUAGGUACUUGCAUACUUGGGUCAAUUUCAUCAGCAGUUAUAGGUUCGUUGGCCGUGGAAGUAACAGGAAUCGAGUCAGGAACUAGUUCAUCUCUUGAAAUAGAGAAUUCCACUUCAGUUGGUGUGUCAUUUUGCGAUGACUCAGGAACUUCCGCUACUCCCCCUGCUUCGGUAGAUGGAAUAUUCUCUUGUUGAAUAUCAUUCUCAAUAAACGAGGUGUCGGUCAUCGGCAUGUGUAAAACGUUUUCUUUUCUGUAGGUGGUCUCCAUCUGCGGGAACAUCUCUUCUUGCAACAUGUUUUCUUUAAAUUUUUCAAAUGUGCUGAUGUCUCUGGGAAUGGAGUGUGGAAUAUCUUUCGGUUU